AUGGCUCGCCUCCUGUCCGCCGCCGCGCGCUCCGCCGCCGCCGCUUUCGCCGCGGCCGCGCGCUCCGCGGCCUCGUCGGCCUUCUUCUCCUUCUGCCGCGCGCGCUGCCGCCGCUUCUUCUCGGCCCUGCGCUCCGCGGCCAGGACCCCGGCGACGAGCGCCUCGGCCUCGGCCCUGCUCGCGGCGUCGGCCGCGUCGCGCGCGGCCAACGCGUCCGCCGCGGCCGCGGCCGCCGCGGCCGCGCGCUCCCGCUCCGCCGUCGCCGCGUUCGCCGCCGCCGCCGCCGCCGCGUCCGACGUGCGCCGCAAGCCCGUCGGGUCGCCGGCGAAGCGGGGCGCGCGGCAGCGGCCGCGGCGCCCGUCGCCGGAGCGGUCCGAGCGGCGGCGGCAGCUCGACGCCGCGCGCGAGCUCGGCCUCGACGUCGACGGCGACGCCUUCCGCCGGUCGGGCCGCGAGGCGACGCCCGGCAUAUCGCCGCUCGCGUCCGCGCGCGACGACGUCGACGCGUGCCUCAAGGCGCUCCGCUCGAGCUCCGUCGUCUCCGUCGUCGAGCCCCCGGGGCCAAAGUUCCCGUCGCUCGCCGCGCCGCCGCCGCCGACCUUCGGGUCCUUCGCCGCGCCGCCGCCGCCGAAGCGCGUCACGAGCCUCGAGGCCAUGACCGACGAGAACCUCGACGCCUCCCACCUCUUCCGGGCCAAAGAAAUGAUGUUGCAGCUGGGAAGGCUGCCCCACAUGGCGUUCAGCGCCAUCGCGAACUACGAGAUCACCCUCGACAGCGAGUCGGGCUGCUUCUGGCCCGGCGACGCGGUGACGGGCCGCCUGGUCCUCGAGACGACGAAGCCCAUCAAGUGCCGGGGCAUCCGCAUCCGCCUCGAAGGCGUGGGCGUGGGCCACUGGCACACGGGCGGCGGCGACGACCGCAAGGACUACCACGCGGAGAAGAAGUACGUCAGCAAGACGACGACGGUCUUCGGCAAUUUCUACCGCACGCAGCUCCUGGACGAGUGCGGCGAGAACGCGGUCUACGACCCCGCGACGGGCGGCGGCGACAUGCCGACGGCCUGCGACGGCACGGAGACGCUCGCCGUGCGCGUCAUGGACUACGACUGGGGCAAGAGGGACGACAUGCUCGGCGAGUGCGUCGUGCGCCUCGGCGAACUGAUGUCCCAGACGAUCCUCGCCGGCGGGCAGCCGGUGUCCAUGCCGCUCUACCGCAAGGGCAAGAGCGGCGACCUCGGCGAGGUCACGCUGUCGGCCGCGCGGGACGCCACGGGGCUCGUCGUUGUCCGCUGCUGGCAGGCGACGGGUCUGCGGAAGGGGGACUGGGUCGGCAAGAACGACGUCUACGUCCAGGCCUACGUCGUCGACGCGAGCGCCGAUCCGGCGGCGCGCGCCCUGCCGGAGCCGGACAAGAACGUCGAGCUGCCCGCGGGGCGCGUCGACAAG